AUGGAGCACGUUUCAACGCUGUGUGCACUGAGCACAUUUGCGAUCGCUCCGACCGGCCUUGCCCUGGGUCGCGCGGAAAAGUCCAAGAAAGCGCCCAAGAGUGAUCUCCUGCGAAGAAGGCUAUCGCAACCUCCGCAGCGGUCAUCAUCCACCGCGACCCCAGCCGACGUCCGGCCUAAAACAUCUCGAUCGACCCGCCCUCCUCUCUCUUCGGUAGACUACUGGACCAUCAGCGAAAAAGAGCCGGUCCAGCCUACCCAGCACCCCCUACAUCCUGUCGAACUGCCCCAAACUGGGAAGGAUAAGCGAAACAGUUUGCAAGAUCCGCAAUGGCAGGAGCCCGACCUGCGCCGCGCAUCCAUGUCCUUUGGAGCGGCCCGCCGUCGUCGUCGCGGCCAAACCCUGACCGGUCCGCCAUUGCGAAUUCCUGAACAUGGCCCGACUGAGGCGUCUGCCGCCGAAUCGCAUGCGCGACGACCUUCGACCAGUUGGCUGCACCGACUAUCAAUCACGUCCUUCCAGUCGGACAGCCCAUCGGCCGGGACCAUGAGUCCCGUCACGUCCUCGAUCAAUGGAUCGGAUAGUCCGAUGCUGCCGCGGACGCCAGUUCAACGCAGGGUGCCCAACAAGCUGGUGAAGCGCCCAUCAUCAAAGCGAUCCGAUGUCACUUCUCUCUUUGUUGAUACAAGUGCAUCACCGGCAAUGGCAUUACGUCGGCCGGCAACCAGCUAUCAAAAGUCGGAGUCGAUGGGGCUGCAGACCCCUUUCACUCCAGAUUUCGAGGCUCAGUUCUCAGCGCACUCGUCCCAGCUGGAUUCGCCGGCAAUGAGCGAAUUCGAUCUCAGUUCGUAUGAUACCUUGAGCCCGUACUUUGCCCGAAAGGCAUUGGGUCUUGCGCAGAAGCUGACCCGACGGAUGUCCAUUUCUGGGACUCCCAGGGCGGAAAACGUGCGGUGUCUGGUCUCGAAUCCGACUGCUUGUCCUGCAUUGGUGUCGGCAACUGCCAUCGUGAACAACACCAAUGCGAGUCAGGACAAGCCGUCCACGCCGGUCGAGUUUCGUAACCCAUUCGCCGCACCAGUCAAGACUGGCCCUGCCACGGCGGCGCCAGUGCCUCAAACGGCACCGCCGCCUAGGACGGCACCACCAUGCGCACCUGAAAAGCCCGCGCAUAAGCAAUCCUAUUCGGUCAGCGACAUAGAGCGCAAGAAGAUCGUAGUGCCUACGGUAACCGGAUUGGGGGCCCCUGUUCUUGGGCCCCGUGGUGGCUCUCUGAAGCGGGUUAAAGGACGUACCUUCUCUAUCCCUCGCGCAGAACUACCCAUGAUGGCUACACUGGAAAACAUGGCACCGAUCUCACCAUUGGCCCCGCAGAGGCGCAACAUUACUGAUCCGACUGUUUUCCGCCGGCCGCCACCCCCGUCAACAUCUGGUUUGGCAGUCGGCAGACAGUCGGCAGGUAUGCCCCGAUCUGUGUCUCACGACUACAACCUCGGGCUGCGUGAGCGCCCUCCUUUGACCCCCGAUGCGGUAGCCGUCGCUGCAUGGCAGGAUCCCAGCCGACGAGGUAGUCAUGCACACUCGCUACGACGUCGACCUAAGCGGCACUCGAUUGCUGCUUCUGACCCAGCUUCGACCAUUAUUGGCUCUGACGACACGCGCGUUUUUACCUCGGGCGAUGAAUACGAAACGGAUAUGAUGACCGACUAUUGGGACUCUAUUCGGACUCGCGAGACAGAAGUGAACACCUUGCAUGGACUGCGGAUCGAAACAAUGUUCGACAAGGCCGGCACGCAGCUGUCAAACGAGGAAGUCGCAACCCUGGAAGAUCUACUCCCGCGGGGUUCCUUUGCUUCUCGGGUCGACCACGACCCGCCCCUCUUCCCUUCACUUUCCCCCACUACCUCGCGGGCUCACGUUAAUGACAACCCAUCCUUCUCUGAUGGGGAUGAUGACGAGACGCACAGUAUGAUCGGGGCAUUACCAGGCGAGCUCAACGGUCCUUCGCCCUCGGCCCCUCUGACAUCUCCCUCCUCGGGCCCUUUGGGCCAGGACAACCCUGCUUCUCCCUCCGCUCUGUUCUUUGCCGACUCGCAUAUUGAACGUAAUGAACAUUCGCAAAGUGCUCAAAAGAUGAACAUCUUUGAUUGGUCAGAGCAGGCACGGCCUGACCGUGAUCAAUCCGACACCGACGCUCGACCCAGUACGGUGCAUGGCAAACAAAACAUGAUCGAUCGAGGAAGUCGUGCGGCCUGUAGAAAAGUGCCAUCGACCGUUCACCUUCGCAGCCAAAGUGUCCCGGUGGCCAGAGACCUCCCGGCAAAUGAAUCUCGUCAGCCUUCUGGCAAGUUCGGCACAUGGAAUCUGGGCGGUAAGGGCCCGAGUGAAGAAUGGGAUAACGAUUUCGAGUUCGAUGAUGGCGAGGAAGACGAUGCUCCCAGCCAAAAGACCAAGAGCACUGAAUCGGAAGUCGCCCCGCAACAAAGCAUGACCGUGCCGCAGGCCAUUCUCGAGCGACAAGCCAGCCUGCGCGGUCAGUACGGCCAGGUGCAGGAACUGACUUUGCUGGUGGAGGAGUUGAAGCGUCUCAGACACCAGGGCAGUGUCCUGGGCCUCGCCGACGGACCGUCGGCCGAACUUUGGAAGGAAGCUGAGGGGAUCAUCAACCUUGCUACGAUUGAUGAUGAGGAAGAUCGCCGCUCGCCUCCUGGAUCCCCUUCGUCUCUCACUUUCAGCUUCGAUGACUCCGAUGAAGAAGGACUGAACGCUCCCCCGGCGAAGCGUGAUAGCGACUCGUUCAAGCCACCUCUCAAGCAACUCUCGAAGAAUCCGCCCAAGUCGCAAUCCGUACUCGAUAUCUUGCAGCCUCCCUCCGGUCACAAUCGGUCGUCUACCUUGCCUGAUCUCCGUCCGUCGUCCCGUGCUCAGAAACUUCCGUUUGAUACUUCUUCGCUUCGCAAUCUCGUUGUCCGCGCCGGUGUCGUUACCCGCGCCUUGAAGGAAGUCAUUCGCAAAGCCGAGGGCGUUGACUCGAACCCGCAAACCAUGUUCCCUUCGGAUCCCCCUUCCGACGCAUCUUCGACCAACCGUCUCACGAUGAUCUUGCAAGCUUCGAAGCUGCACUGGCCGAGAUGCAUUGAGCACAUCACAAGGAGUUUCUUUACUGCCAUUUCCAUAUUCCCUUCAAAAACAACCUCUCAAAUCCGACACGACACGCCUCCCGGCAGGAUCACCAUCACGAGAAUUUCCUUCCCCUUAUUCUCACUGAAGCCUUUUCAGAGUCAGCAUCCUCCUUAUCUCAUACUCUAA